CUCGAUUUCUACCCCCUCACCCCACCCCCUCCCCCCUCCCCUCCCUCCGUCGUCUCUCUCGAUCGAUCGAUCGGCUUCGCAGUUGCCUCCGGUUCGUGAUUCUUCGAGUUCUCUCGGAUGAGCUGCGGGGGCUUCGCUGCUGCUCCGAGAAGGAAAUGAGAGGAAAAAGAGUGUCUACUGAUUGGCAUCCUAGAGCUUGUGCUGGCAAGACAAUUCCAGAUCGUUGCCAUGCGAAAAGCAAUUUUGAAAACAUUGUUCUCAUCGAUGUAGAUUGUGAUGAUUACGAUGAGGUUAUCAUCAUUGAUGUCCCUGAAUCUGUACAGGAGAAGUUGCGAGGUGCUGGUGUACCACAAAAGAAUAGGGGGUUUCCAUAUGAGGGUGUUAUUAGUAUUGAUGAUGAUGAUGAUAAUGGGGAUGUUGAGCUUCCUGGACCCAGUAUUGCCGGUGGUGGUGAGUCGGAUAGCGAUGCCACAUCAAGCAGGUCCUCUCCCUCCUCCAACUUGGGAGGAUCUGUUGACUCCGAUGCUGAUGAAUGUUGUGUCGUUCCUGAGGAGUGUUCUGCUUUGAAGUCAUCUAGGAGCAAGAACUCCUAUAGCGGUGAAGGUGAAGUUCCCUGUAGAAAUCGAUGUGGUCUCAGUCCUGUUUCAGAAGAUGUCUCCUUUGAUAGUGAUUUCUCUGAUUGUGAGGUUAUGGAAGAUCCCUCUGGGAAGCUUCGUGAACAGUGGGAAAAUGCUUUUUCCAAAAGAAAACAUGAUACCUUUAACGGGCAUCUUCAUUCGGAAGAUCAAGUUAAGGCUUCUGGCUUACAUACUGAUGCUUGCACAAGUGGAGAAGCCCAUUACUCGUCUAAUCCAGCGUGUUCUAGUUCCCGCAAUGCAAAAGCAAAAGAAAAUUUUGCUUCUGGUGAGGCAGUUCCUGUCAAUUUAGGAGUCGGACAUGAUCAUGAGGAGCCCUCUUUAUUGUUUAGUGAAGUCAGAGCCAAUAGACGAAAUAAUACCGUGGGUAAAGAAUACAAAUGUACGGGAAAGUCUUGUUUUGACAAUAAUACCCCAGCCAGGGACAUCCCUGAUGAAUCUGAUCAGGGAGGAAGUAUUUUUAAGGAAGAGUCUGCUUUAUUGAAGAGAAAAAUUGGUAGUGAAACUUGUGCUGAUGGUGAAAGAGAUGUUCAAGCAGGUGACCGGUUACAGAGUAAGUGUUUUCGCAGCAACAAUUCUGUUCCAGAUGAACUAGCGCAUGAAAGAACUGGUCCUCACAAAGAGAAUCCCUCUGGCAAACCAUUGGUGCCAGACUCCUGUCAUACAGGCAGAGUACAUGUUGAUUAUGGUGCAAAAUAUCAAGUUGGUGACCGUAAAGAUAAAUCCUCAUCUUUUCGCCGGUCUGGAGUUAGAUGUGCAAUGUCUUGUCAUGAUGAAACCGCAGGACAACUUGCGCGGAAUAUUCCUAUUGUGAAAGAGGAAGACUUAGUUGCUAAAUCAUCCUCUAGUCGUCAAAGUCAUGUACAAAGUGAGAGUCCACAUGCUCAAGAUGGUGGUUAUGUGCCUAGUGUCCAAAAGGACAUUAUCAAUGGACGGGAAAUGCUUAAGGAAACUGAUGAAUACAAGCGAGCAGCAGAAGAAGAAUGGGCAUCUCGGCAGCGGCAAUUACAACUACAGGCAGAAGAGGCCCACAGGUUGCGGAAGAAAAAAAGAGCUGAAACUAUGCGAUUAUUGGAUAUGGAAAGAAGGCAAAAGCAGCGGAUUGAAGAAAUGAGACAGACACAAAAGAAGGACGAGGAAAAUAUGAACCUCAAAGAGCAACUUCGUGCUGAAAUAAGGAAGGAGAUAUCUAAACUGGAAAUAACAUGCACUGAUAUGGCCUCGUUGCUUCGUGGACUGGGGAUACAUAUCGGAGGCAGUUUUUGUCCCUCAACACAGGAGGUACAUGCAGCCUAUAAACGAGCCUUGCUGAAAUUUCACCCAGACCGGGCGUCAAGAAAUGACAUUCGCCAGCAGGUUGAAGCUGAAGAGAAAUUUAAAUUACUAGCGCGCAUGAAGGAGAAAUUUAUGUGGGCUUAAAGUUCAUCAUACUACACAGCAGCAGCAGCAGCACUUGGCGGUGCUGCUGCCUUGGUUUCUUCUUUCUUUUCCGACACCCUGAUCAGAUAGCGAUUUUUUGUUGUCCAUAAUGUGUCAUUCUUAAAUUCUCUAAGAUGUAUGUAUAAAGUGGAUGUCUGUCACACAUACCAGCCGUCCUUUACUGAAGAAGUGUAAUUUUUUGACGUGCUGACAACUUUGAGCUUUUAUGUUGUAAGGGUGAGAAUCGGUGUCUUCUGCGAGACUCAAAUCAGAUUUCGCUAUGGAGAUCCUUUUAGGCCAAAGCCUCUUGUCGACUGGAA